CGCUUUAUCAGGCGUCUUCCCGCGCGACUGCCUCUCUGUUCUCCCGGUUCCUCAGAGCCUGCUGUGUCUCCGGCCUUUUCGCUUUUAAUUUUCCAGGAUUUACAUUCUGCCAUGUCUUCUGAAGAGGGGAAACUCUUCGUGGGAGGGCUCAACUUCAACACCGAUGAGCAGGCACUCGAAGACCACUUCAGCAGCUUUGGGCCUAUCUCUGAGGUGGUUGUUGUCAAGGACCGGGAGACUCAAAGAUCCCGGGGUUUUGGCUUCAUCACCUUCACCAACCCGGAACAUGCCUCAGACGCCAUGAGAGCCAUGAAUGGAGAGUCUCUGGAUGGUCGCCAGAUCCGUGUGGACCAUGCAGGCAAGUCUGCCCGGGGAACCAGAGGGGGUGCCUUUGGGGCCCAUGGGCGCGGUCGCAGCUACUCUAGAGGUGGUGGAGACCAGGGCUAUGGAAGUGGAAGAUACGACAGUAGACCUGGAGGAUAUGGGUACGGCUAUGGCCGGUCUAGAGACUACAGUGGCAGGUGGAUGAAGACUCAGGAACUUCCCAGAAUUCUGCCUCACCCACUGAGCCAGGCCCAGAUUAUGGGGCAUUGUGGCUAACCCCACCAGGUGGGUACUUGGUCCGAGGAAGCACUCUAUGCUGGGCCUUUGGGGAAGAAAGGUGGUGGGAACUGCCUUGAAGGUGGGGGGAUGGGAAGGAAAGGCACUCAGUGUCAUCUGGGGUAGUAUUAAAUAAUCAGCCAUGAAAUGACUUCAGCUGAGUGAUUUUUCUGUGGGAAGGUGUCCAUAUAUGAUCAACAAAGGCCAUAAAUAAAAUAAUCCUCUGAUUCUAUAACAGUUGCUCCACUUUCCAGAUAGUGAACUGUAUUAUAAUAAUUUAGCUGUGUAAAGUCUAUGUCUCAGUGCUAAUUGAUGUGAGACAAAGGGCCCGGAAGGCCCACUGCAGAACAGAGUUUGGCAAAACUCAGAUUUGAGGUUCAAAACUCAAAUCUCCCCUGUGUAAGGGCUUGGACCUAGAGUCAAAGUAGCAAAUGCCAUAGUCAAAGCACCUUGGUGCUGGAAUUAUAGGAAUGUAAUAUACCAUUCUGGGGACUGAGCCUAUGGCUUGCUGCACACUAAGAUAGCUGCGUUCUAUGAACUGAGCUAUAUCCUUCCAGCUUCCAAAAAUAGUAUUUCUAGGCCCUGCUUCUCAGUUUUCAGCAUUUAAAAUGGAAACUGCUUACAUCAGUAGGUGGGUUUAAAUGGAAAAGUGUCUAAAAUGGACAUGCCCCUUGCCCACAUUUUACAUUGAGGGGAUGUAGAAUGUAUUCUAUUUUUCCUAAGGCAUUGGAUGAAAGUAAGUUCGGUGAUUACUUAGGGCAUGUGAAAACAUUUGGUGACAAUUAACUGAUACCCUGAUUUUUGCCUGUUUAUCAAAAUGAAGCCUCCUAGGCCCUUCUCAGCUGCAAGCCUCUCCCCUUCUUCAGCGAAGGCUAUCACUUAUUUUCAAUUCAUGGUUCACAAAGAUCUAAAAUAUACUUCAGGAGGUAAGACCGGACAAGGGUGUUUGUAACCAUUACCCACUUAGCAUGAUUACAGUAAGGCUCUUAAUGAUGGUUUUUGAGGAACUGCCCUAGAUCCUAUAUAGUGAAAUCCCAAAUAAAGCUUUCUUAAUAUGCUGGUGUUUUUCAUUUGGGGGACGGUUUUGCUCGAGGUUGAAUUCAAGGCAAGGCCUUGGUAUGUGUGAACCCUGACAUUUUACUAAUCUUGUACUGUAUGAGUGGAAAAUCAUCAGGAAUUGGGUUUCUGUGGUUUUUAUUUACUAUGUAUACAGUGUACUGCCUGCAUGUAUGCCUGCAGGACA